UGAAAGGAUCCUGGACGGCAAGUGUUCUUCAUUGUUCUAUCCAACAGUUGUGUUAAUUAAAGAUAUCCUUUGAUACUUUACUUCCUUGAGCUAGCAUUUGUCAAGGGAAAUGCCCAGAGAAUGACAUCUGAAGCAUGAAACAUUCUUUUCAGUUCCGCUUUAAAACAGGUUUCUUGUAUACACUGUACCUAGCACCUCCCAAAUUCCAUGGGAGAGAAUAAAAGCGUUCCAGCAGAUACCUGAAGUGCUUUUUCACCCCCCACUAUUCAAGAUGCAGACAUGCCAUCUGCUGUGCAGCCUCCUUUAUGCUGUACUAAUGCUGAGCAGCAUCCCAGUUUGCGUGGAUGGGAGUGACUCUGCCCAGUGCGUCUGUGGGGCCCAAGCUCCGGGGGACGUUGUCAUAGGUAUUAUGUUGCCGUGUCAUCAUAAAGUCAAGGCUCUUCACGAACGCUUGAGACCUGAAAGCUUCCAAUGCUCAGAUUUUGAUCUAGAGUCAUUUAUGAUGUCCUUGGCUGCAGUCCACGAAAUUGAGGAGAUGAAUGCAGCCAGCUUCCUCCCGGGAGUGCGUCUUGGAUAUUUGAUGUGUGACACAUGCUCAUAUGCAAGCAAAGCUCUGCAGAAUGUGGGUUCCAUGCUUGCAGUAAACAGUUCUCUGAACUUGGAGUGUGACUACACCAACUUCAAGCCCAGGGUCAAAGUUAUUUUAGGAGCAUUGUACUCUGAGGUGUCAAUUGCUGUGGCCAGACUGCUGAAUGUGUACAUGGUGCCCCUACUGAGCAGCACAUCAUCUUCACCAGAACUGAGUGAUAAGCUGCGCUACCCAGUUUUUUUGCGCACUAUUCCCAGUGAUAUCCAUCAGACUAAAGCAGUGGCCAAACUUAUGAAUCACUAUGGCUGGACCUGGGUCGGUGUUGUGUAUGGGGAUGAUGACUAUGGCAGAGCAGCUUUCCAGAGCUUCCUCAGGGAUGCUGACGCAAAUAGUGUGUGCUUGGCUUACCAGGAGGUGUUUCCUUAUCACCUUGAUGAUUCACUCUACAUGCAUCGUGUCCAGCAGAUUGCCCAGCAGAUCCGCUCCUCCAGUGCUCAGGUGGUACUGCUGAUCCUCAAGGCAGAGCUGGUGAAGGACCUCUUUCAUGAAAUGAUCAGGACCAACACAUCAAGGAUAUGGAUUGCAAGUGAUGCCUGGUCCAGGACCUCUUCCCUUGCUCAAAUGGAUGAUAUUAACCUGGUUGGAGACAUCUUAGGUUUUACCUUUAUUUCAGGCAAGAGUGAAUCUUUUGAUACUUAUCUCCAGAAUCUUACAGCAACACCAGGAGGAUAUAAUCACUUCAUUGAAGAAUACAAGAACCUGAGAUUCAAUUGCACCCCAGAAUGUUCUUCAGAUAAGUCUCCAUCCUAUUGUCCCACACCUGACCUACUGAAAAUUAAAUCUGCCAAUGCAUGCAAUUUCAAAGAUCCCCAAGCACAAAAUGAUGAUUAUCUUGUAAAGGUUCUGGAUACAAGUGAAGUUUUUCCUAUCAGAGUUGCAAUGUGGGCAGUAGCAAAUGCUCUCAAAAAUCUGCUAAAAUGCAACAGUUCUUUAUGCUUGGGAGAAACUGACUUCCCACCAUGGAAGCUUCUUGAAGAACUAAAGAAGGUUGAGUUCAACCUUGGGAACGAGAAGUUCUCCUUUGAUGUAAAUGGUGAUUUUGUAAAUGGCUAUGAUAUGAUCAUGUGGGAAAGGGUUGGAAACCACAGAAGAUUUCAAAGGAUUGGGAAAUACCAUGUUCUUGAUAAACAAAUAGAACUUGAUGAGGGAAAUUUCACCUGGCUUUCAACAGGCAAUUUCACGAUCCCUCAGUCUAGAUGCUCAGAACGUUGCACCCCUGGCUCAGUAAAGAAGAUUUCAAACAUAUCCUGCUGUUACAACUGCACCCUAUGUCCAGAGGGGACAUAUUCAGACACCUGGGAUAUUAAUGACUGCAAAAAGUGUCCCAAUGGAACUUGGUCUCUCAAGGGCUGGACUCAGUGUAAGCCUAGGUGGGAGUCCUACCUACAAUGGAGUGAUCCUCAUCCCAUCACCAUGAUGGCAGCAGCAACCUUUGGCAUCCUGCUCUUAUUGGUUAUCUUCAUUAUCUUUAUGGUGCACAGAAAUUCCCCACCUAUGAAAAGAGCUGAGGUGAGAUUGUCCUGUGUGAUGAUGGCUGGUCUUGCAGUGAGUUUUACAAGUGUAAUAUGCUUCAUAGGCAAGCCCAGUGUACACCUCUGUCGGGCUCGCCAGCUAAUGUAUGCAAUGGGCUUCACCUUGUGUGUUUCCUGCAUUUUAAUCAAGGCUUUUCGCACCUUCCUUGCUUUCCUUCCCUUUGGUCAGAUAACAAACAGGGGACUACACAAACUUUAUAAGCCCCCUAUACUUAUCACUAUCCAAACUGCUCUGCAGGGGAUCAUCUGUCUUCUCUGGCUGAUCUUUGAUUCUCCUGAUAUUGAUGACACACCUCCAUCCCCACAAAGCAUGAAGAAAAUAAUCCAAUGUAGUGAAGGUAGCACAUACAUAGGUUUUAGCAUUAUGUUGAGCUACAUAGCUCUGCUAGCACUGGUUGGCUUCCUCUUGGCCUUUAAAAGCAGGAAGGUUCCUCAGGAGUUCAGUGAAACAGGCUAUAUCAUUUUCAGCAUGCUGAUGUACUUGUUUGUAUGGGUGUGUUUUAUUCCAGUCUAUAUCACCAACCAUGAAAAAGGCACUGCUGUGCAGGCUUCAGCCAUUCUAGUAUCCAGCUAUGGAAUCAUCUUCUGCCAUUUCUUACCCAAGUGCUAUGAAGCACUUUGGGGAUCCAAAACUGAUACACUGGAGAGGAUUCUGAGGAGGUGGAGAGUCAUCUCUAGUCCAACUUCAGAAGCAGAUGUAGAUAUAGAUAUCCCUGGAAUGGAUACAUCCUUACAAAAUGGCAGGCUUUCCAUAUCAAGUACAUCAACUAUAUUGAGGAGCUCAGGGAUAGUGAAUGAGGUCAACACAACUGAUUCAGAGAUGGUCAUAACCCCUGUAUCUUCUGAAAGCAUUAAUACUCUGUUCAGCAGGGCAAAAACAAAAGUGAUAAGGAGACGUAGAAGUAUAUCCGUUUGAAACUUGUUCAGAAUUUGAUGUACUGUACAUCAAUGUCACUGUAGCUUUUUUCCCCUUUUAAACCAAUCAUCUGUAAGCUCUUGUGAGUCGGAGUUAAAAUGUGUUUUCUAUUGAAAACAGUGUUAUUUAUCAACACAGAAAAAACAUGACUCAUCUUGACUCGUCUUGUAUACAAUUGUAAGUGAUAUUAAAAUGAAAAUGCCUUUGUGAA